CAAGACUCCCAUCCAAAAGUGAUGAUGCGUUCAUGUCGGCUCCCUCAACCCGCCAUGCUCCACCCCACUAGCAUGCAACUCCAAGAUCAAACAUCCCUGUAUGCAUACAGUAGUCUUCUUCUAUCUUUGUGUAACGACAGGGUGUAAAUCAAGAUAUCAGGACCAUAAUAUUGCAUAUACGAUUGUCGUGACUAUCGAAGGAUCACGCUUGAGUAUUGCUUACAUGCAGCCGAAAAAGGUAAAUCAUCCGGGUGUUUUCUGCACAAGCACUCUCGUUCUGCUCUUGUUUUUCGGUUGCUCCUUCAUGUUUUUUUACGCUUCAUGGCUUUCUGUCUUCUUUGGGCGGUGGGAUCCACAGUCGCCUUUCACAUGCGUUCCGGCUUUAAUCCAAUGUGGACGGUCUAGGGCUUCGGCGCGGCCGUAGAAAGGAAAGUGGAUACUGGCCGUGGUGGGAAUGAGCUAUCUGUCACUGCCGCUGGUACCCGGCUCCUACGUGAGUCCUUCUCCGGAGUCCCCAGGGUGGAGGGGGUGCCCGUGCAAGGCGUUCUGUUGUUGUCACUGCUGUCUGCUCUC